AUGCCCGGGAGCUCAGGAUUUUAUGGUUCACAAGUCGCGAAAAACUCCUCUCAGCCGGAAAUUAUCGUCAUCGUAAAUUGUGCUAUAAAUGUUCCAUUGAUACUUCUCUCCAUAUUUGGCAACGCUGUGGUGCUCGCUGCCAUUUUUAAAACACCAUCACUUCGUUCAUCGUCUAUUCUGCUUCUCUGUAGCCUGGCAGUUUCGGAUCUCUUUGUUGGCACACUGAUUCAACCACUUUAUAUAGCCUCUGUACUUACAAGAAAUAAACUUCUGGAUAGUUUGUGGUUCACGGUGUCAUUUGCCGCAUGUGGGAUUUCUCUUUGCACCAUAACAGCCAUCAGCGUCGACCGAUUUUUGGCUCUUCACUACCAUAUGCGUUAUCCAUCUCUUGUGACGAAAUCUCGAACAAUUUACUCGAUAGCGAUAAUUUGGUUAUUGAUAUUACUUCUUUCGGCAAUUUACUAUUUAAAUCCUUUUGUUUAUUUCUUCCUCGUAGCUCUUGGCGUGGGCAUUUUUUUAUUGAUAUCAAUUCUCGCCUACAUUGGGAUCUACAGAAUCGUCAAACGUCAAAAACUACAGAUCAAUACUCUACAGCAAGCGGUGCAAGCUUCAAGAACAGAAAAUCUUUCCAACUUUAAACAGUUGAAGACCAGUGCGCUAAAUUCGUUUGUGUUCUUUAUUGUUAUGGUUGUGUUUUAUAUGCCAAUGUCCAUCGCUAUAACCUUGUAUCUCGUAACUGAUAACUGGAAUAGUGCUUGGGGUUUCGCAACAACUGCAGUUUUCAUGAAUUCGUCCAUUAACCCGGUUUUGUACUGUUGGAGAAUUGGCACGUUACGCAAAGCAGUGACAAAAACAGUGGAGAGAAUAUUGCGUAAACAGACAUGA